AUCUUCCCUCAAGGAGAUCGGCAAGUGCGGAAUCAUCAACACAUGACGAUUAAUUGGACGAAGGUUUCUCCGUGUCCAGAUCGUACGCGCCACGAUCAAUGAAUCCAUUUCAAGUCGAUUUAUUCCGAUACAACCCAGACCAUUUGCAACAAUGUUGCGCGAUCGCAUCCCGAUUGAGCAUUAAUUUUUGUUUGAAUUCCCCCCAACAACAGGUUUAACCGUUCGAUCUUGGCCAUUUUCACGAUACCCCCCGCCGAACAUUGGCACUCCGAUGGCGAAACGUGACUUGAUUCAGAAUGUGAUCAAGUACAGUUUGAUUUUGAUGGCGACGAUCGUGAGCCAUGUGUGUCCACGGCAGGACCAUUACUACAGCUACCAGGAACCCGAUGACGAUCUAUCGCUCUGGAUCAACGAGCAGCAAGUCAAGAUAUUCAGCGGAGUGGCGAUGAAGAUCUACGCCAUUGACAAUGGGCGAGUGCUGCCACACAUUCGGGACCCUAUGUUCAGCCAGAAUCUACCGAUCAUUCCGUCGGAAGUGAGCUGUGUCAACUUUACCUGGAAAUCUGGAUCGAAAAAGUAUCACUACAACUUCGAUCGGCUUGUCUCCGAAGACGAAACCAUCCUGAAACCCCCAACCAUCUCGAUCAAAACCAGCGGUCGUGUUCCAAAGAAUGCAAAGGAGUUCAGUGUGACACUGCCCUGCUCUGGUAAUGUGUCAGGCAUUGCGGUGUUCAGCAUUGGACUCCUAAUACAAAGCCGCAAGGGCAAACCGGUGCCCGGCACGCCACUUCGCACUAAACUCCGUAAGGAAUGUGCACAUAGAGGUGUGUAUGAUAGAACUUCUUCCCUAGCAUCUUCGCAAGGACCCGAUCCCGAGUGUGACAAAAAGUGCGCCAACAAGGGCGUCUGCAACGAGGAUAAGAUCUGCAUCUGUCCGGAGGGUUACAUGGGCCAGUACUGUCAGACGGCCCUGUGCUAUCCGCAGUGCAUGAACGGAGGUAACUGUACCGCUCCGGGCAACUGUUCCUGCCCACCGGGUUACCAAGGAAGGCACUGCGAGGGUGGAAUCUGUGCGGAGAAGUGUCUGAACGGUGGAAAGUGUAUCCAGAAAGACAAAUGCGAAUGUACAAAGGGGUAUUACGGACUGCGCUGCGAAUUCUCAAAGUGCGUCAUCCCCUGUCUGCACGAUGGCAAAUGCAAAGGAGUGAACAAGUGCCGCUGCAAGCCGGGAUUGAGCGGAGACCACUGCCAGAUUGGACGUCGCCAGCGGUCCACCUGCAAGAGACCCUGCAAGCAUGGGACCUGCAAACCCGAUCACACCUGCACCUGCGACGACGGAUGGUUCGGAAAGCUGUGCAACAGACGGGAGAAGAAGAAACGAAAUGGUUCGAAACUACCCAAACGGUAAUCCCGGGGAAAACGCUGAAUCCAAACUCUCUUUGUGAAUUGCCGAAACCGACGCCUAAUCUACCUGUGUAGCUUUGCCCGUGCUCUCAAUAUUACCCGUUUUGGAGUUUUCUUUCCCUCUAUCUCUCGAGAGAUACAAGCCGCCACAUGUGUAUUUUGUUGUGAUAAAUAAACGAAAAUUUAUAGUUUCUCAGUGUAAGCCAAACCAAA